GGGAGCCGACCCCAUAGGGGCAGGUUGUGGGGCCGGAGCUGAGCCCCUCGAGGGGGGUAUGGGGCCGGGUCCCAUCCCCUUUUGGGGGUGUGGUCUGCGAGCAGGGGCGUGGCCUGUGAAGAGUGGGCGUGGUGGGGCCCUUAGAAAGGGUUUUGGGGGUGGUGGGCUCAGACCCCGCUGAGCCCCGGGACCAGCCAGGAGCCCUGGCCCAGAUCCGGCCCCCCCGCACAGUGCCGGCCAUGGCUGCGCUGCUGCUGGCCGCCCUCCUCGCCCUCCUCUGCCCCCCGCCGGUGCAGCUGGCUGGGGUGCUGGAGCUGCGGGUGCUGUCGGCGCGGGGGGGCCCAGGGGGGCCGUGUGGGGGUCCCCCCUCCUGUCGCCUCGUCUUUCGCCUCUGCCUGCGGCCCCCUGGAGGGGUUGGCUGCAGCCUGGGGGUUGCCCACAGCCCGCCUGGCCCCCCUCCAACCCCAGGGGCACCCCGCAUCCUCCGCCUGCCCUUCGCCUUCCCCUGGCCGGGUAUUGUCUCCCUUGUCAUUGAGUCAUGGCGGCUGGAGGAGGCCAAAGGCUCUGGGGGGCCCCAGGACCGCCUCUUGGGGCGCACAGUGGCCCGGCAGCACCUCUCCCCGGGGGGUCCCUGGCGGGGGGGUGCCGGGGGAGGCCUGCGCUUCGGCACCCGCCUGCGCUGCCGUCCCCCUGCCCGUGGCCCCCGCUGCACCCCCCGCUGCCUGCCCUGCGCCCAUCGCUGCCCCCCCGCCACCGCCUGCCACCCCACCCGCCGCUGCUGGCCCCCCUGCUGCACCCGCCCUGGAUGCCGGGAAGCCUGUGGCCCCCCCAGUGCAGAUGGUAGUGCCGACGGCAGCACCUGUACCAGCGGGGGUCCCUGCACGGGGCACGGGAGCGACUCCCCUGGGCCGGGCUGCGACAGCCCCAGCCCGGGCCGGCCACCGGCGGCACCCGCCGCGGUGCUGGAAGCCCCGGCAGCACCAGGAGCCCCGGCAGCACCGGCGGUGGCCCCGGCAGCACCGGCGGUGGCCCUGGAAGCACCAGCAGCGGCACCGGCAGCACCCGUGGGAGCCCUGGAAGCACCCGUGGUGGUACCAGUAGCACCAGCCCCUGAAGCACUGGUGCCAGCAGCGGCGCCGGUGCCGUCGGCGUCGCUCCCGGCAGCGGGGCGGUUGGCGAUACCAGAGCCUCUCCCGGAGGUGCCGCCAUCCCCGUGCGCCCUCGGUCCCUGCUUCAACGGCGGCGCCUGCGCCCCCGCCCCGGCUCCCGGCACCGGCUACACGUGCCGCUGCCCCCCCGGCUUCCGCGGCUCCAACUGCGAGCGCCGUGCUGACCGCUGCGCCGACCACCGCUGCCUGCACGGCGGCCAGUGCCGGGACUUGGGGCGCGGUGCCAUUUGCAAAUGCCGACCGGGAUUUUCGGGGCGCCGGUGCGAACGCAACGCCGACGACUGUACCCCCAACCCCUGUGCCAACGGCGGCACCUGCCAGGACGGCGCCAACACCUUCACCUGCUCCUGCACCCUCGGUUACGCCGGGGUCGAUUGCCGGCGCCGCGCCGACGCCUGCGCCUCGGGCCCCUGCCUCAACGGUGCCACCUGCUACACCCACUUCUCCGGCCACGUCUGCGCCUGCCCCCCCGGAUUUAUGGGGUCCCGCUGCGAGGAGGAGGUCGGGGGUCCCCCGCCGGCCCCCCAGCGCCGGCCCCCCGCGCCCCUUGCCCUCGCCUGCGCCCUGCCGCUCGCCCUGCUGGGCCCCGGUGUGGGGCUGGCGCUGGCGGCGCGGCGGCGGCGGCGGCUGCCGGGGGAGAGCAGCCGUGGGCCGGAGACUGGGGGUGCCCCUGGCAUGAGCCCCCCGGGGAGGGAGCGGCGGCCCCCACGCGCCUCUGCUACCCGGGUGUGACCCGGCGGCGACGGACCCACCCGGGACCCCCGACGCAAGUCUGGGGCCCUGCAGUGGUUUGGGGACCCCUCCCAAGGGGGGGCGGGGAGUGGGUGUGCCAUAAAGCUCUUUGAGACGUCUGUCUGUGCUACCGCAUCACCGGAGUCCGGCCCUGGGACCCGCGGGGCGGAACACGAGUGGGGACACCCCACUCGGGAUCGGGGAGGGUGACACACUGUUCCAGAUUGGGGUGGUGACACGGGGUGCGGACCACCCACUCGGGACACGGGGUGGGCGACACGGGUGGGGACCCAGCA